AGAGGCGACGCCGGUAUCUCUCCUCCGGAUCUGAAAACCCUAAUCCUCUGUCGCUUGCCUUUGAACUGCUGCCUCGUUGCGAUCGGAUUGGCCGGAGCAGCUUCGAGAAUGGCGGCGAGUGAGAGCACCGUGCUUCAGUUCUCAUCAACCUCGACGGCGAUCUCAGCGACUGUCCAUCCGUUGGUUAUAUUCAAUAUCUGCGACUGCUACGUGAGGCGGCCCGACCAGGCGGAGCGCGUCAUCGGCACGCUCCUCGGCUCGAUCUUGCCGGACGGCACUGUCGAUGUCCGCAACUCGUAUGCGGUUCCUCACAAUGAGUUCUCUGAUCAGGUGGCAUUGGAUAUUGACUAUCAUCACAAUAUGCUUUUAUCUCACCAGAAGGUCAACCCGAAAGAAGUGAUAGUUGGAUGGUAUUCAACGGGUUUCGGAGUUAAUGGUGGCAGUGCCUUGAUCCAUGACUUCUAUUCUCGAGAAGUCACGAACCCUAUACACUUGACAGUCGAUACUUGUUUCACCAAUGGGCAGGCUUCCAUUAAAGCUUAUGUUUCGACUAACCUGUCUCUCGGGGACAGGCCUCUUGCUGCACAAUUUCAGGAGAUUCCUUUGGAUCUAAGGAUGGUGGAAGCAGAAAGAGUUGGAUUUGAUAUCUUGAAGAAACCAGUAGUUGAAAAACUCCCGAAUGAUUUGGAGGGAAUGGAAGCCUCAAUGGGACGGCUGCUGUCUUUAAUUGAUGAUGUCUAUAAAUAUGUCGACAGUGUUGUGGAAGGCCAUGUCCCAGCAGACAAUAACAUAGGAAGAUUCAUAGCCGACGCUGUAGCUUCCGUUCCCAAAUUGUCAACUUUUGAUAAGCUUGUGAAUGACAGUAUCCAGGACCAACUGCUCUUACUCUACCUCUCCAGCAUUACAAGGACACAACUCAGCUUAGCCGAAAAGUUGAACACUGCUGCUCAGAUUCUGUAACUCUCUCUGUCUUGUACCUCUCCUGAUGAAGCGAUUUAUGCAAUGAUGAGGUUUAUAAUUUGGCUCUCCUUUCUCGAUGUAAGGAUACCAUGAUAGCUGGCUCUUUGUGAGUGCAAGUUUUUGCCAAUUAUUUAUUAGAUAGAAAGUUCUCCCUCCUAUUUCAUUCAGAGAAGCUGCCAAAAGAAUCUAAACUGUAACGACUUGUAAUGCUAGUUUUGUUUGCAAAAUCUAUUCUCUGGUGAGUCUGUUAACA